GCUCUUUCCUUACAUUAGCUAGCUAGCUAGUAGUCAGUGUUUUGGUUAAAUGUAUGCCAAAGUGGUCCCUCCAGAGAAAAGCUCAAGUGAUUGUAUCUUCAUAUAUUUCAGACAGUUCGUGUGAGCUCUUCUACGAGAACAUUAGCAGGAAGCACGCAAGUGUGAAGACCAUGGUGGUGAAUCUCUGCCUGCCACAUUUCAAGACCACCAUCCAGUGUGACAAGCUGUGUGCAGAUGGGUAUGACGUCACCAACCUCCUAUCGGCCGACCCAACAGUCCGGAGGCGGGGUUUUAAGCUGGAGUACUUCCUUCGGCCACCUGUUCAGGUGACACUGCAGUUUGGUUUCCAGGUGGAAGUGUGUCGGGUGGAUGUGGAGCUGUGGCCCUGGGGGAUGGACCGUGGACAGGCCUGCAAGAGGCUGGAGAUCAGCACCAGCUCUGAUCCCCCACUCCCUCACAACCACAGCCUAGAGCAGGGCCAAAGUCAGGUCCAACAAGGCCAAGAGAAGGGCCAGCAAUGGGAUCAAGCCAAGUCCCAAUUCAAAGGUCACCAAUGGAGCCUCCAGGCCCAACAAUGGAGCCUACAAGGCCAGGAGAAGAGCCAGCAAUGGGCCCAACGUGGCCAAAUUCAGAGUCACACAGACACCAGCCAGGGGGAUUUCCGCCUAGUGGGACGCUGUGAACUAAGAGAAGAGACCCAUGUCAGUUUCUCCCAUCCCUGUUUCCGCCCGCGCCCUCCCUUUCCCUCCCUGCCACCGCCCCCCCGAGAGGGGUGUAGACAAGAGGAGCUGUGGAGCAGGGGGCCGCUCUCACUAGGCUCUGUGAAGCAGCUCCGUGUGUCAGUGCCGUACGGUGCGGGUGCCUCCGCGAUGGGGCUCAAGGCACUGGCAGUGUGGGGGCUGCCUUCUCGCUGCUGCCCCCCAGAGGAGGCGGAGAGGGUGAGAAUAGCACAUGAGAAUGCUAGCCUGAGACCAGCGCCACAGCUUAGCCACUUGGCAUCAGCGCAGUCUCCACCUGUCGUUCAACCACAGCCACUGUCACAGACGACAACAGCAACUAGCCUUCUGCAGGUCCCUGAGGAUUUCCUGGACCCCCUGACCCAGGAAGUGAUGCUGCUCCCUAUGCUGCUGCCCAGCGGAGUGUCUGUGGACAGCUCCACUCUGGAGGAGUACCAGAGGAGGGAAGCUACCUGGGGUCGUGUCCCCAACGACCCCUUCACCGGUGUCCCCUUCAUCCCUGAGGCACAGGCCCUCCCCAACCCCCACCUGAAGAGCCGCAUCGACCGCUUCCUGCUUCAGACAGGGUUAGAGGUCAGGGAGGGGAUGGUGGGGAGGCAGGUCCAGGGGGAGAGUCCGCACACCUCCAGGCUCAUACCCCCAGAGAGGACUGGGGACAGUGGGGACUCUGCUGUCACUACUGCUGCUGCUGCUAUAGAGUCAGCCAACCACCAGGGUGCACUUAGCAGAAACAGUGGGACACUCGCACAGACUACCCAAAAACGUGCAGAAAGUGUAAAUACUGAGAGGAGCCACUCUACACAGCAAAGGGGAACCGGAGCUUUUAACAACAGGGUGAAGAAUGGGAAGGACCGGUGUGCUGGUAAAGUUGGUCAUAAAGAAGGGGUAGUGGAUAGAGUGAGUCCCCAGGAUAUAGGGCCAGAUUUGGGGAGUAGGAGGAAGAGAGAGCUGGAGGUUUGGGCCACUCUGAUCCGCUCUAAGGGAAAGGGUGAGCCCACCGCGGCCAAAGCAGCCUCUGCUAGUGCUGGUCACGCCAAGGAGCUACUUCCUGACUCGAAAAGACUAAGAACAGACACAAACUCUACUAUCUCCACAGCCACCGUUCCCAGCGGUAGCUCCCAUGAGCAUUGUUCGUCUGCCAGUCUAGACCAUGAGCAGCGUUUGUCUGCCAGUCUAGACCAGGCCCUUCUCUCAGCCCUGCAGGGUCGACCCUCCUUUACCUCCUACACAUCCCAAACCCCCCAGGUCCAACACAAACACACAGACACACCCGCUGACACCCCAACAGGUAGGAGCAGCGGCUAGUGGCUGGUAUGAAUAUGGCUAAGAUGUAUCUUUUCCUCUAAGUAAUCACUGAUCUGACAAGGAAAAACAAUUCAGUGGAAUCCUGUUUUUUCUCUUCUCCAAUCCCGUUCAGAAAAGUGAUUACUUCAAUUAAAAUGGCUGUAAUGCUUUUAUAAGGUUUUCCAUCAACUUCAGGGUUGAGAGUACGAAUGAAUGAUGGAGAAAAGUAUUGAGUUGACUAGUCAUUAGUUGAACAAGUUAGAUGGUUAAGUAGUGGGAUGUUGCCUAGUUACCAGGGAGAAAGACACUUAAAACAUAGAGGCAGUCCAACGGCAGGAUUUUCAGGCCUACUACACUGUACCAAGGUCUUUCAGUUUGUUAUUUUCACCUACAGUAUGUGUGCAGAGAUGGGUCAAGAUGGGUCUUUCUUUAUACUGGAUCCUCUGCGACUUGCCAUAAAAGCGUUAUUUCCAUUGCUGUAAUUCCUGUAGUUUGUUGAUAGCCUUUUUUCAAUAAUGUUUCAGUUGAUGGAGAGUGAAUACAGUGGUCUGUGAGAGAGAAAA